UCUCCGACUCGGAGAGGUGAGAGUGUUGGGCUGAGAGGGAUUUUACUCCAAGAGAGAACGAAUAAUAAAGACGCAAAAACUUGAGAGGAAAUUCCGGAAAAGAGCUGCACAUCUUUCUAGGAUUUUUCUGGAGACAUUUCUAACAAAUUUAAGGAGGAAUCAUACAUAAUUCAGGCUUCCUUAAGAGCAUGUUGGCAACAAAUGGCAAACAUCACUGACCUCUGACUACGAGGCUAUUUUGAAAGGAUUUAACUGAGGAAUAUUCUUGCCUGCACAGAUGUGAGGGGACUUUCUCACAGGAAUUCUUGAACAUCUGCAACUGAAAUUUACUUUAAAGCAACAGAUUAUUCCUCAAAAAGUCUGAACAUCUUUCAAAUUGACAAAAAAUAUAGGAAUAUUUCUUUAUCAUUUAAUUGCGAUAGUCAAAUAUUUGUGGUUAUUCUGACAUAAAUUUGCACUACUUUCACGUAUUCGUGAGUCGGAUACGAUCAAUCACUAUUGAUUAUUGGUCCACGGUAGACUAAAGAACUGCCGAAUCAGUGACAAUCAAUCAGCCAGAUUCCUGAUUAUUUACAGGCUGAGGUUGAGAUUUAAGGAUGGCUCAGAAAGAAGCAGGAACCCAGCAGGGCAGAGUUAAAACUGAGGACAAUGUGGGGGCCAAAGCCGUGGCUGGAGGCCUGACAGGGGGCGGAGGAGUGGUGGUGGAGGUCCGGGAGAAGAAGGGACCCCUGAGGGCUGCGAUACCCACAAUGCCUUUCCCUCUGGCGGUCAUCUGUCUCUUCCUGAACACCUUCAUACCUGGGCUAGGAACCUUCAUCUCGGCCUUCACGGUUCUGUGUGGAGCUCGCAGCGAGCUCAUCUCAGAACGAGGCGUCUGCUGCGUUUUCUGGCUCAACGUGGCUGCAGCCUUCAUCCAGAUCCUGACAGCAGUCAUCAUGGUCGGAUGGAUCAUGAGCAUUUUCUGGGGGAUGGAUAUGGUCAUCCUGGCAAGUCAGUGGCCGUCCAACUCUGUUUAUCAGACUUGUUUUCUGUUCUCUCUCUCUUUUUCUAUUUUGCUUUUGUCUGUCUUUUGUUUGACAGUUGAUCCAGAUGUGUUUGAUGUUUCUUAUAUAUGCCAUUUAAGCUGCAUCCAAACACAUACCAUAUUUUUGUGUACAAAAACACUACAUUUUAAUCCACUAAAAAUUUAAUUAUUUUACUGAUAUUUGUUAUAUGAAAGAAAAAAUAUGUUUUUUGUUAAAUAUGUAAAAUUACAGGAAAAAAAUAUUUACAUGCUCACAGUAAAGAAAAAAACAUGAAAUAAUUGAAUUUUAAAACUUUUUUAACUUUAUAUUUAUAUUUGUUUAGAAUAAAAUAUUUUACAUCUGACCACAGUUUUACAGAUAUUUGCUGCUAUUUUACCAUUUUUCUAAAUUAAUUUAAUUGAGUGUUGCAUAAAUAAAGUCAAGAUGAAAAAUCUAAUUUUACAAAUAGUAAUUCAUUCUUUUUUCCCCACUGGAUUUAAACAGAAAAAGAUUAUUUUACAGAUAUUAGCCAUUAUUUGAAAAGAAGUAUAACAAGGAUCGAAAAUGGUACUUUUUUUUUAUUUUACAGAUUUUUUUUUCUCAUUUUGUCCAUUCACAUCUUUAGUGUAAAAUGAAACUAUUUAUCUGUAUUUAUAUUUGCUAAAAAAUCUAUUAUUAUCUUACAUGUAUUUACACUUUUUUUGUUUUACGUCUCUUAAAUGUUACAGCAGUUCAUCAUUUGUUAAUGUAUAUUUUCAGUAACAAAACUGCAGGAUUCUGCAGAAAAGUGUCUUGUUUAGUCGAAUUUUGUUAUGAUUUUAUGUGAAAAAAAUUUUUUUUCAUAUAAAUUUGUCACAAUGUUGCUGGAAAACUACUGAUUUAGUUUCUAAUUGCAAUAAUCUACUGUCUAUAUUUGAUCAGACUGAGUUUAAGAUGAAUUUUUACACAAAAUUUUACUUCAUUAUCUUACAUGUAUUUGCACUUUUUUUCUUUUACGUCUCUUGAAUGUUGCAGCAAUCCAGCAUUUGUUAGCAUAUUUUUUCAGUAGCAAAACCGCAGGAUAACGUCGGAUCUAUCCUUCAUGUUUUGCAUUGCAAAGGAUGCAAUUUGCAGCUCUGGAACACAAAAAACUAGUUUAAAGGAUUUUAUACAGUCCCUGCAGAAGAAGCAGAUUAAAGGAAGCAGCAGCAGAGGUAGAUGCAGGAACAGAGAUGGAGAAGUUCUGCCGCCUUCUCUGUCAGAAAGCAACAUCUUUCUCUCUCCUGCGGUGUCGAUGCAUGAACAAACAUAGCCAUACAUGCACGUGCACGGACACACACAGAGUCACCGUUGUCUCGUUGCAGCCUUUGAAUCACCACCGCUGCCUCCUUUGUGUGCACGUCUGAGCGUGUGAGGUAAUUGGCACCUGCAAGCCAAAGUGCGUCGCAUGUGUGUAAUGUGUGUGUGGUACAGUGUGUGUCGUGGUGUGGGAGUGAGCGCCCCCCGUUGUGUUUCUGUUCGCUGCUGCUCAGGCCUCGAGGCUUCAUGUCUUCUUCUUCCGCUGCUGAAACCGACAUUGCUGCUGUUGAAUAUUUACUCUGAAAUCCCUGUUUGCUCAGAAGAUCGAUUAUUAUUCCGCCGUUUAUCGGCUCAAUGCAUCACUCCGAGCUCGAAUUCCUGCAAUAAAUCACUGCUGUAUUCACCUCUAAUGAGCCUAUGUUGCAUAUAAUCAGAGUAUUAUUUCUUCUUCCGUCUAAUGAUCUCAGUAUCCUCUGCCUCCCACUGAUCUGCCUCCAUCUAAUCACUGCUCCUCUCGUACAUUAUUCCUCCCCCGUCUCCUCUUCUUCUUCUGUACUUCUUACUCCCCCUCUCUUCCCUCCCCAUCGAUCCUGCAAACCAGGGUUGUGUUUCUGCAGCUGUCUUCAUCUGAUCAUGUAAUUUAUCUGUAUCAAAAGCGAGGUCACUUCAUAUUGUCGGGGAAAAUGUGGUAUUUGUGAAACUAACUGCCUCCUUCUCUUGUUUUUUCUCUCUGCUCGCCUCCAUCGCCAAAGUUUCCGACGGCUGCAGAGAACAGGCAGUUCCUCAGGAUGUCUGAGAAAUGCCACUCUAACGAUGGACAGUUUGACCUCUUUGACUUCCUGAAGCUGAACCGUAGCGGCGACCAGAAGGCAGAAAAACGGCAAAUCAAGUGACUUGUCUCCAUGGAAACCUCUGAUCGCUGGCUGCUGAUUGGCCGGGCCACGUUCUUAAAGGGACAGGACGUGGACAAGAGACUUAAACUGUACAGUCGGUGGAGAAGAAAAUCAACGUGUUCGUAGUCUGUCGCGUAAUUAUGACGGUGAUUUUUUAGAUUUUUUAUUUGGUUUAUCUGCCAAACUAAAUAUAAACUGUAAAAACUUUUGUUGUUUAGAGGACGGAGCAAAUGAAGAAUGAAGGACAAUUUACCUGCAUGUGAUAGAAGUGAAAGAUUGCUUUGAUUUCUAUACUUAUGGCUUAUACAUUUUCUCAAAAUCUAGUUGAAAUACUCGAAAAAAUCUAUGGAUGCAAAAUGUUAAUCAGGUCAGCGAUGCACUACAGGCUACUGAGCUAGAAAUUAACUCUAUUUCAAAGCUGCCACUUCACUAGUCAGCGUGUUAAAUAUCAUUGGUUUCAUUGCAAAAGAUGUUUCAAACUUUUUAGCUUUCGCUUGAGCCUGGUGUGUUGUAGUGGCCUUUUCAUUCCGGUUUGUAACACUGUCACUGUAUUGCUGCUUUGAAAAUGUAAAAUGUGUGUCUUCUUAAUGCUUUUUUUUUUUUUUUUAACAAUAUUUAAGGUUCUCACGUGUUAAAUUAAGCCCCUUUCAGACAUGGAAAACCUAACACCGCUGCUUUAUCAGUCCGUCAUUCAGACAAAGGUCACUUUAAUUCCAUUCAUGGCUUUAAUUUUUAACUACUACUAUUAAUAUUUAACUACUACAGUGACGGAGAGAGAGGUACAAUAUUUAUCAUGCAAGUAAGAUUGGACAGAAGAUCUAGUGAUGAAUAAUACAUAAAAAAUGCCCUAAUAGUAUAGAUAUUUAACAAACACAGAGGAAAUAUUCCUAAACAGCUGGAACCAUCCAGUUAAACUUCAGCUCCUGCUUAUCAAAACUUGGACUACUUUUUGUCAAAAGUCCACAGUUUGACCUGCUGUUAGAUCCUGAUCCAACCUGUCUCCAUGUCAUUUAUAAUUAUUAGUAAUUACUGAAGUGCAUAAAUAUGUGCAGCUCAUAUGGAUCCUGCUUCAGAUACUUAAUAAACUCAGAGAAAAUAUUUCUAAACAGCUGGAAGCAACAAACUAAGCUUCAGCUCCGGUCAGUCCAGAUCUAAUUUACAGUCAUUAUUGGUGAGUCUCAUUAAUCUGACUCUGUAUUCAUCACAGUAAAGUUGUAUUUUUCUAGAAAUUUUGCACGUAUUGGGAAUAGUACAGUUUGUCCUGCUAUUACAUGCUGAUCCAUCCUGUCUCCAUGUCAGGGAUGAGUUAAAAUUAUACGUAAUUAAAAAACUAAUGCAUCAAUGUGUGUAGUUCUCUGUCAUAUGGAUCCUGAUGCAGAUAUUUAAUGAACAACUUGAAGCAACAAGCCAAACUUCAGCUUCUGUUCAUCAAAGCCCAGAUUACAUUCGUUACUAAUGAGUUUUAUGAAUCUGAUCUAUUACAGACUCUGUCUUCAUUGCAGUAAAGCUUGAUUUUAAUGGAUAUUUCAGUUUAUUAUAGAUCUAAAACUGUCGAGCAAAGCAAACACGAAUGACUUUCAGUAAUUUUGGUUCACUUUUGGAUCGCCUAGUAUCAUAAAAGCUUGUUCCUAACAUGCCAUGUUACCGAGACGGUUGAUGAAUUAAAUUAAUUUCUGCAUUUGGUGACUUUUAUCGUAAACACAACCAUCUCAUGUGCUAUUUUAAUGUCUUAAAUGUGAAAUGAAAGCGUUCAAAAAAUGUAGAAAUAUGACAAAUUUGCGAAAUGUGCCAAAAGCUAUUCACAUGCAGUUCUAUGACACAGCAUUAUUAUGAAAUUAUGCAAUAUUGAUGCUGAAAUGUGGAAAAAUUCUUCCCUAAAUGGCUUCACACAACUCGGUGUGCACUAUGAUGUUCAUGUUUAUCUGUUAAACUGGGAUAGACUCCAGCCCUCUGUGACCCUGGUGAGAAAUAAGCGGUGUAUAGAUAAUGGAUGGAUGUUUGUCUGUCAAUUCAACUGCAUGAGUUUAACUCGUGUUGAAAGUGAAAUAUUACUCGAUCCAACCUUGGAAGAUGGUGACUUUUGCAGAAAAGCGAGCAGGUUUCUUCUUAAGACAUGAUGCAGACACAUUUUAGAUGCUAUCAUAUUACCAGAAAUAUGUCCAAAUAGGGCUUUAAACACUAAAAGCAUUGUGACAUAAAUCAAGGUUUAUAUAACAUAAAAAUUAGUACAGGAUCUUAUCUGUGGAAGAAACAUUUCUCCCUUGUGCUUGAUCAUGAAGGACUAAUAACUUGCAAACUUUUCGUUAUUGCAUGUACAAUAUUUUUUUUAUUUCUUGCAACAGUAAACUCAUCCUGCUGCUCUCAAGACAUGUGAUUCCCUAAAAUUACAAAGCAGUGUUAAAGUGACUCACACCACCUGAUAAUUAUUACUGCCAUUUCAAUUUUCAAACCUCUUGAAUGUGUAAACCGGCACCGAAGGGGAUAUUACACGUUAUUCAAGCUGUGUAUCUAAUUAACAAGUCCCUAAAAUAUCUGCUCUCAUUAUUUGGCAGUUUAGUCACAACACUGUCGGUUACAGAAAUACAGUAAUGAUUGUGCCUCCAUUCGAGCUUUAAAUCUGAUGAAUUCACCGCUCAGCCAAAUGUAAGAGUGCAUAUGUGAGUGUUACAGAUGGAGACUAUCUGGAGGAGGGUCUUGGGCUAAAACAAGAAGAAAUGCGUAAACACUUGUGACUCACUGAUCUACGUUGCAAUUGUUGAUCCAAACAAGGCCUUUCCUGUGAAACCAAACCAGAUUUUUUCUCAUUCGCAGCAUCACUGGCCGGUUUCCAUGGAAAAUGUCCAAGAAAAUAUCCAAGAGCAUCAAAAGUCAAACAGCCUGAAACUACAAUCCUCAAACUAUCUAGUUAUGAAGUUCACUGAGUCCAAAUUACUGUAAAUGCAGCUGGAAAAGCCUGAAUGGGAUCCAACAAUAUAAAAAUGCUGCCAAAAGCACCUUGAAAUACAGACAUUCAAAGGAUUAUUCCUUUUAGGAGAUAUACGUAGAUCCAGUUGGUUGUUCUUCUACAGAAAUCAGGUUUUAGGGCUGUUUUUAAGCACAGAAAAUCUUAAAAAUCCUAAACAUUAUUUAUCUAAUCCAAUAGCACUCACUCAGUAUAACUAUUAUGGAUAAAAUGUCCCAUUUUUGAUUGAAAAAAAGUCCCAAAUAUGAACAAGAAAUAACCAUUAUCAUCUUAUUUUAUAGCUGUGGAGCUGCAAUUUUGCAUUUACAAAGAGGAAAAGAGGUUCAUUUUCAAGGUUGGUGCCUUAAAUAAGCCAAUUUUCACCAUGAAAACUUGAUUUUUUUUUUGUCCCAUCUUGGACCAUUAUGACUAUAGUUUAACUUUUUUACUUAAAUUUUGUUUUGACUUUUCACUUGUUUUGGGUUUAAGCACCAAAACCACUUGGUUAGGUUUAGAAAACAUGACAGUUUGGGUUAAAAGACAUUCUUUAUCUCACGGUUAAACAUGGUUCUGUAUGGAAGAAGAUUCAGGGUCACUGUAAAAGAAUUUGAGUUUAAAGCCAGAAUUCUGAAGAAAUUCUAAUUUUUAAGGUGGUGUUUCAUUAAAUAACAAGGUUCCCAAUGAGAAGGUCAGAAUGUUUUUUAUUGAAUUUGACUGUAAAGCAUUAUGGUACCCAGACGUUUUUCUUUGAAUUCUGAUUUUAAAGUCUGGCUUUAAAGACAGAAUUCAAAGAAAAACGUCAGAAUUUGAAAACAAAGUCAGAAUUUUGGGCAAGAAAAAGAAAUUCUGACUUUUAGAAGAAUUUAAAGCCUCCAUUUUAGAGGUUUUCAGGGAGAUUAUGCCCGAUUUAAAUUAAUUUAUGACCCAAACCAAGUAGUUUUGGUGUAUAAAUUUAACCAAGCACUGGCUAAAAAUGCAAGUAAACACUGAAUUAUAAAGCAAAAGUCAAAAUGAGACUGAAGUGAAAAAAUAAAACUAGAACUAGAGUCCUGAAAGUCAGCAAAUUAAACGUGGAUUUUGUUGCUUUUUAUAAAUGCAAAACUGUGACUCAAAUUUUGGAAAAAAUUCCAUGCGCUUAGUUCAUGCCGUGAUUUUACGCUCCGCUUCAUUUGAUUUUGACUUUUUUUGAAUACUAUCUUCAUUAUUUUAUGCCUUUUCCAGAACAUCGCUGUAAAGCCACCUGUUUUCAUGUUCUGAUUGUGUAAAUGUUGUACAGUGUUUGUUAGUGAGAAUAAAGACGAUGACGUCUGCGAUGAACUGACUAAUCUUCUCCCACAUGGUGAUGCUGCUGCUGGAUUUCUUUACUUUGUGUAGGUGCUGCAGUGUUUGGAGGAAUAUUGAACAGUUGUAAUGGUUUUGAAAUGAUGGUGUUGUGCUCAGUUUCUGACUGUAGAAUCAACGGUGUACAGUAUUUUUUUCUGCAUGUAUCAUCGAUGUUAACUGACUGUAGAGACAAACGCUAAAUUAGUUUAUGAUUAUAGAUUAAUUGUUUGGCUUUGCAGCAGUGGGUUUAAUUUGAGGUAACUGAUGCAAAAAUCCUUCAAUUAAAACUCAUUUUGGUCAUAA